AUUCUGAAGCAGCAAUCACUAUGAUUCCUUGGGCACGGAGGCUUCUUCCUAGAAACGCCACUGGUUCCUUAUCUACAUCAUCAGCCAGUCAGCGAGCCGAGGAUCACCACCGGCAGCUGGAGACCUAUCGGUACUUCCUGCCCAUCCAGACCAGGUGGCAGGACAACGACCAGUAUGGCCAUGUGAACAACGCCGUGUACUACAGCUACUUCGACACUAUUAUCAACCACUACCUGCUGAGGUACUGUGGCCUGGAAACCAGCUUGCUGACAUCCCCCCUGGUGGGCUUCAUGGUGACCACUCAGUGCAAAUACCAUACACCCAUCGGCUUCCCUCAGAUCCCACUGGCUGCCCUGGCUGUGGAGAAAGUGGGUCACUCUAGUGUAUGUUACCGACUGGCUCUGUUUCCUCCUAAACCCACCAAGGAGCUGCCUUCAGUAAAUCACCAUGAUCUCAUUGAUGGUUUUUUCUUUGGCCACCCUAAACUAGCACAGUUUGACACUCUGGCCUGUACCACGGGGUCUUCAGUCCACGUCUUUGUGAACCCAGCCACUAGCAAACCAGAGAGCCUUCCAGAAGACUUCAGGAACAGUCUGCAGAAGCUGAUGAGUGCAGCAUAGUGUGGAUUGUCUAACACUGCGCAUGGAGAUCACCGUGUCAUAAAGUGAGGUUUAGGUGGUUCUCUGUGCAUUUCCUUGUAAACUCCCUAGUAUGUGUUUUUGCCUUUAAAAUGGCUGUCAAUGCCUUAAAGGUUUGUAUAACAGUU